UUGAAAAAGUUUGCAAGAAAAGCAAGGAGUGUGACAUUUGGACCACACGUAGUUCCUCGAAGUAUAAAUUUUUAUGUCUUGACUUCAAACAUUUGAAAGAUCUACGAGUUUUGGUCCUUGUUUAUUAUAUACAAAUUGGUUCGAAAUUCAAGUCAUAAAUGGUCCAUUAGCCUAUUGUGGAUACUAGUCAACAACUUGAAAAGGAACAGUACUGUAUACGUUUGGACUGUCAGAACUACCGAUCGAAUACCUCUAUGAUCCACCGUUAAAUCUAGGAAUUUUUAAAUGCACAUGGAUCUAACGGAGAGAGAGCAAAAGUUAGGAUAUAAGCAAGAAUCAAGAGGAGAAAGUGUGUCUACGACUUACAAUCCGAGUCAUUAAGGAUCGUUGUCAACAAACCAGGAUUUAAAACUCUGAAUAGUAUGAUGAGGUUGGGGUUAGGAAUUCUUCAUGUCGUCUUUCUUACGCGGAUAGCCACCAAUGCAGAUAAACCUCCAUCAUUUCAUUUAAGUAAUAGCUUACCAGCAGAUAGUAUUGGAGUAAUAGCAGAGGGAAAUACAGUAACAUUUUCAUGCAAAGCAGAUGGCAAUGGUCAAUAUACAUAUUCUUAUAUUGCUACUAAUUUAAAUGGAAGCCCAAGAAACCUUAACCUUGAUUCAAGAUAUUCAAUACAUCAAGAUGGCCGGCUGGUGAUUACUAAUGCCAGUCAUGCAAAGGAUGAUGGGUACUAUCACUGUGUGGCAAGGAAUAAUUAUGGAGCUGCUGUAUCAAGAAAAGCUAAGCUUCGCAUUGCUUAUCUCACCAUUCCAAGUAAUUCUGCAAACCUUAUAACUAGAACAGUUAACAUGUAUGACAGCUUCAAGUUUACCCACUCCUUGACAGACACCUUCCCAGACUACCCAAACACAACCUACACUUGGAAAAAAGGUGGUACCAUCAUUUCAGAGGAUAAUCGCAUCAGCAUUUCACAGGCUGGCAAUUUGUACAUUGCAUACCUUCAGUUAAGUGAUCCCGCAAUUUAUACUUCUGAUGUUAAAAAUACGGUGACAUCAACAAAGUACAGCAGGCCAAAUAUUGAACUGAACUUGAAUCAUGCUAAUGAACCAUCAUCCUUAAAAUCCAUUAUUAUGCUGGGUCCUUCCGCUAAAGUUGCUGUACAUGGCAAGAAAGAGAGUGUGUUGUUUGAAUGCUUCGCGCAUGGCAAACCUCUGCCCACCAUAACAUGGAAGAAAGACGGCCAAGUGAUCUCAUCUAGUGAUAAAUACAGCAUACGAGACUACAACAAAAGAUUGACGAUCAAAGAUGUUGUGUCUAGUGACCAGGGCGCUUAUUCGUGUCAUGUCAGCAACCCUAAAAGUGCUGGAGCUGGCACUAGAAGUGGAAGUCUUACUGUCUAUGUCCCACCAACAUUUACUAAAAAAGCGAGCGAUGCAUCACAAAGAGUUCUAAAUUCUAUAAAGUUUAGCUGCUCUGCCACAGGGAGCCCACUACCUCAGAUUGAUUGGUACCACAAUGGUGAACUUGUGACAGCAGGAAGUAGUGCUCGUAAAACUAUCAGUAACAACGAGUUGACUAUAAGCUCUCUUAUCGAUAACGACCGUGGGGUGGUUCAGUGUGUGGCGUGGAACAGGGCUGGUCACGUGGUAGCAUCAGCACAGCUUACUAUCAAAGGUGUUCCUGUUUGGAUCGAUGCACCGCCUAAAGAUCGUACAGCAACGUUAGGAGAGACUAUUGAAUUGAUUUGCCAGGCAAGAGGAACCACCACACCAACCAUUACAUGGAAAAAAGAUGGCACCUUUAUCCAGCUCGAUGCUCCUGGUUCUCGCUUUCAUGUCAAGUCUUCAGGCUCCAUUCAGAUAACGAAUACUCAAAAGUCUGACUCAGGAAAAUACACUUGUGUUGCAUCAACAUCUGAAGGCUCCAAGAAUGCUAGUGCUGUUCUGACAAUAUUAAGUAAAACAAGCAUCUCAAUUCCUUUACCCAGUACCAUUUAUGCUGUAAAAGGUCAGCCAAAGGUUCUGGCGUUCCAAGUUACGCAAGAUCAAGGCGUUGCCGUGUCCUUCUCGUGGACCAAAGAUGGUUCGUCGAUCAUGGACUCUAGAUUCCAAAUCUUGGCUAAUGGGUCGCUUUAUAUUUCUCGUGUGCAAGACUCAGACGUUGGCACCUACAAAUGUGUUGUAACUUCACCUCUUGGCAAUGCAUCUACAAGUGGAAGAAUGGUUGUCCAAGAAGCACCAUUGAGUCCAACAAGACCUGUCGUGGUCCAGAUCCAGACAACCUCGGUUCGACUUUCCUGGCGACCGCCUGGGUACGACGGAAACAGUGCCAUUAUAUCGUAUAAAGUUGAAAAUAUGAAAGAGGGUGACGUGUGGAAGGUUGCCUUGGAAAACAUAAAUCCGUCCUCGUAUGUGACUGCAGUCGUGACAGGUCUGUCUCCUAACACUCGAUAUACCUUCCGUGUACGAGCUGUCAAUAGUGUAGGGGUUGGUCUUCCCAGUGAUGCUACUGCUUAUGUAACUACAUACUCUGCACCUCCUUCUCAACCUCCAAAUAAUGUAUAUGCUACGUCAGCAAGCACUGAGUCCAUUCUUGUUCAGUGGAAGGCGCCACCAGAUGACUCCCAUAAUGGCCAAUUGCAAGGGUAUCGAAUCGCCUACCGACAGUCCGGUGUGCAAGGCAGCUCUUUUACCAUCGUGGAUAUUACCGACGGUCUUGCUGCCAAAGGCACAAUAACUGGAUUGCUGAGAUGGACUGAAUAUGAAAUAAAAGUACAGGCCUAUAAUAGUGCUGGAUCUGGUCCUUUCAGUCGACCCAUUCUUCGUAUGACUGGGGAAGGAGCUCCUGGAGCUCCUGUUCAGAAUCUUAAGAUCGUUAGGAUCAACCCAAGCUCGGUCGAACUACAAUGGAAUCCUCCGCCACAGAAACAAUGGAACGGAAACCUAAAAUAUUAUAAGCUCCAGGCCUGGGAACCAAGUACUCCAAGAGUGAUCACUACACAAACAAUCAAUCAUGACAGUAGCCAAUCGGUUCAGCGCGGUACUUUAUCAAACUUAAAAGAGUACACUUACUACGAGAUUGUUGUUAUAGCUGUGAAUGGUGCUGGUAAUAGUCCUAAAAGUACUAAGCUGUUGGUAAAAACGCAACAAGGAUUACCUGACGCCGUGUCAUUUCUUAGCAUCUCUGAAGUCUAUUCUGAUGGAUUUCGAGUAAACUGGGGUCGUCCUACUCAAGUGAAUGGCUUACUUGUGGCGUACGAAGUGCAGUAUUGGCGCAAUGACUCCAAAUCACUGACUUUCAGAAAGGAGCGCAUUAAAAACGAUACCAUGGCGUAUGUGUCUACGGGAUUAAUCCCGAGAACGUUAUAUACGGUAAAUGUUGCCGCGGAAACUGCAGCUGGUCUGGGAAGUUUUAGAUGGUUGAAUGUCAGAACCGUGGAUUCACCAGUUCGUCCCGAUCCCCCAUCCAAUCUUGAAGUCGUCGAAACACGACCUUGGGAGGUCCUCCUGAGAUGGACCCAAGGAUUUUCUGGUCGAGCGCCAAUCACGAUGUACAAAAUCGAAUACAACAACGAUUCCUUUUACGAACCUAUAACAGCCAAGUGGAAUACAGGACUCACCGUCCAGGACGCCCAUAAAGUCUAUCAGCUUUUUCCUCUUGUGGUUCCACAUCUAAGACCUCAUACGGAGUACCGCUUUCGAGUGAUUGCCGUAAAUAGAGUUGGCCCUAGUCCUCCAAGUAAUGUCUCGCAGAGUGUGACAACACUUGAAGCCGCACCAUCUUUGCCUCCGAGUGAGUUGAUGGUUCAUCAACGUGACCGUACAGAUGAAUUAGAGAUAAGUUGGAAGAUCCCACCAAGAGUUUCCUGGAACAGUGCAUUCAUUGGCUAUAUCAUCACUUUCGAGCCAUCAAGUUCAUCACAACACAUCCUAAAGAUUCAGGUCCCUAAUUCGCACUCGACUAGAUACAUCGUAGGAGGUCUACUGAGAUACACUAGGUACAAGAUCUCAAUCAUGUCGUAUAACCUCAAUGGUAAAGGCACAAGUAAUAAAACUACUGAUAUAUUUUAUACAACAGCUGAAGGAGCUCCAACAGUAUCCCCGUCAAAUGUACGAACCAAAGUUAUUACCUCAACGGAGAUUGAAGUGAGUUGGGGACCAGUACCUGAAGUUGGACGAAAUGGAAAGAUUCUUGGUUACCAGAUUUUCUACAGAGUGGCAGAUAAAACUAUCGAGAAAAUCACUGAAAUCAAAAGCUCCGAAACUUACUCCAUCAAGAUCUCAGGCCUGGAAAGCUUUGUUGUGUACGAGUUUGAAAUACUUGCAUACACACGGUAUGGGCCUGGGCCUAGAAGCAGAGUCGUGAGAGCAAAGACCCUGGAGUCUACACCCGAUCCACCUGCCCGAGUCCGCUUUCCUGAGGUCAACAGAAAUUGGCUAAAGAUAGCCUGGGACCCCCCGGUUUAUCCCCAUGGUAACAUUACCGGGUAUCGGGUUGCAUACCGACGUAACGACAGUUCGAGUUCAUAUGAACGUGAAGAUUCCAAUGUGGCACCAUCGAGGCGGUUACUCCUGUACACUGUGUUGACACCGGAAACAUUUUAUCGAUUCUUCGUUUGGGCCAAAACCACAAAAGGAUGGGGACCUGCGUCACAAGAAGUUGUCUAUACGACUGACAAAAGAGUUGCUCCAGACACUCCAUUCAUAUUUCCAAUUCCUACCGAGUGUAUUUUUGAGCGUGCAAUCACCAUCGAAUGGCGAAUCAACGAGCAUCCCAAGAAUCCUUACAGGCAUUUCACGCUUCAGUUUGAAGCAAACAGUGGGGGCUGGUUGUUCUACUCCGCCGAUCUGGACGCCAAGCUAAGAAAACUUAAAGUAGAAGGUUUGUUGCCAGGGACGCGUUACAGGUUCCGUAUCAAGGCAACCAAUGAUGUGGCAGACAGUGAGUAUAGCUCACCAUCAGAAGAAGUUACAACGAACCCAACAGCUCCAACGGGUGCUCCACGAGACGUCCGAAUCAAAGCAGUCUCUUCAAAUUCUCUCCUCGUUGAAUGGGCGGCUCCUAUCCCAGAAGAACUGGGCGGUACACUCCAGGGCUUUACACUCAAAUACAAAGAGGACGGUUCACUGUCCUUCUUAACAGUAUCAAAACUUGCAGCCGAUGUACGCAAGUACACCAUUACUGGCCUGAAAGUCUUCACUACAUAUUACAUUGUUAUAUCUGCUGUCAAUCAAAAAGGAACUGGAGUAUUUACACCCGAACUACCUGGAACUACAGGAGAAUUAGCACCAACUAAAGGACCAUCUGAGGUUAGCCAUGGCACUGUUACGAAGACUUCGAUUCAUAUUAAAUGGAAAGCUCCUCCAAUGUCAACAAUGAAUGGUUACCUACAAGGAUACAAGGUAUACUAUGAGGGCCGUACUCCUAGCCGGCGCCGCCGCCGUUCGAUUGAUAGCUGUCAAUCAAACAAUUUGCCAAAAUACAAAGACGUAGAUCAUGAUAAGACUGAAACUACUAUUACCAAUCUGCGGAAGUUUGUAGCAUAUUCUAUAUGGGUACGAGCAUACAACUCUAAGGGUGAAAGCCCAAAAAGUGAAGUGACUAUUGCGACAACUCUUCCUGAUGUCCCUGGACCAAUAACUGGCUUUGAACCGGAUGCUGUCUACAACAGCAGAGUAGAUCUAUCCUGGCACGAUCCCUGUGAGCCAAACGGUCGAAUAAUCUCAUUCGAAAUAACUUACUUCACAAGCUCGGCUAAAUCGGACACGUCAACCAUAAAACUGAGCUCUGAAAAGAGGUCCUAUACUAUUACGGGUCUAACAAUGCUUGCAGAAUAUACAUUCCAGAUCAGACUGCAAAACCACAUCGACUUUGGACCUUACUCGACAUUCGUGGCGAGGACCAAGGGGCCAGCUGUCCUACCAGGAACCCCUGGUAAGCCCUUCGUCAGGGCAUCGAGUGACAGUGCAGUGAUCUCAUGGCAAAAUGGUCACAGUGGUAACGUGCCCUUCAUCAAGUUUGAGAUUCAGUACAGAAUACCAGGCCAAGGGGAUUUUAAAACCAAGUGGACUAUCAAACCAGAAGAGCUGCAGAAGAACAAGACAUUCGUGUCGUGUAUCGUUGGGAACCUUAAGCCAAAGACAUCGUAUCAAUUUCGUAUCAUUGCCUGGAAUGAAGUAGGGAAGUCACCACCUUCACCACCUUCGGAUAUAUCCCCGACAAGUGAAGGUAUCAUACGAAGUCCUUUACCGAUGCACAAAAAAACCUGGUUUAUCUCAGUGACUGCUGUUCUUGGAGUUAUUCUUCUACUUGUGAUCAUCGGCAUCAUAUUCAUUUGUAUACGACGACGAAAAGAGCGCAAGGCUGACCGUCUGAGUAAUGUAGGAAGCAGCACGACUCGUAACACACUGGAAAUGAACGAUGUUAGGAGUGGUUCCAUACCAGCACUUCACAUUUCGUACCGUGACCCGAACGACGAGGAGGUUGAAGUCAGCAGUAUUGGCAGCAAGGAAGGUUUGUCAUGUGAAGAAGGAAGCGAGCCAUCCGCAGGAGAUGAAAAUUACAACGAGAAAGACAAGAUCUCGUUCGUGGAUCACUACGCCAAUGAUCCAAGUCACCAGUCAUGGAGAAACUCGCUACAUCAUCCAGGAAGUUCGCGAGCUCAAUAUGACGACGAUCAACUUGUUAGUAUUGUUGACAAUGCUCCAAGGCCAAGAUUUAAGUCAUUUUCUUCUUUGGAAGACAAAGAUAUGAUUAUUCCCCCUCCCCCUCCAUACGAAAGUCAACCCGAAGACAAUAACGACGAAGAUAUUGACAAUCUUCCAACAGAAGCAGUGACGUCAUUUAUGUCACCCGAAUACGAAGCUGAAAAGGCUAGGUCGCUUACUCGUCCAAGGAGCGCGAUGUUGAGACAGCCGCCAUACAGCAGCCGUGAAGAACUUGAUACUAAACCACCGUUAGACGGUAGCAAGAGCCGUAUUGAAGGAUACCGAGAUCAUAGAAGUACAGAUGAUUUGAGGACUGUUCCACGAAGCAGCCGGGACCGUCUGGACCACCAAAAUUAUAAAGAUCCUAUACGGGAUGGUUUCGUAGGAUAUGGGACUCUUCCAAAUUCACUUAGUCAACCAAGAUAUCCAAGUUUCCGAAACGCGUAUAGGAGACCUCGGGAAAACGCACCAGAUUCAGAGGGCUCAGAAAGGUCAUCCUCAAGCAACGACUACCGCGACACUCGUAAAUUACUCCGCGGUAAAAGUCCAAGCAGCUCCAAAUAUCCCCGAGCGGGUUAUGGUGAGGAGCCUGUUGGUAGAAGACGAAACAGGCCGCCAAAUCUACUGAUAGGGGAUAGGAACAAUCGAAGAGACCCACACUACAGUCACAGCACUUCCUCGGGUACCCCGACCUCGCCUUUGUCCCCUGCACCCUCGUAUCAUAGCUCGUAUGAUCCUUAUGAUGCUUCAGAUAUCCAAUAUAGAACACUACCUAACCGGUCUAGGCUACCCAGCUACAAUAGCAGCCAACAAGCACAGGGACCCCAACAUGCUAUGCCGCGAAAACAACCUAUGAUGUAUUUAGAAAACGGAUUCGUCCAACCGGAUCCUAAUGAUGACAUACAAAUAUCUGCCUAUCAAUCAUUUGUGUGAAAUAMAAAGAACAUGUGAUCAGAUCACGUGAUGCAUAGUAAAAUGAGGAUGCCUGGCUAGGUUGAAGAUGAGGUACAUGGCUGUAUCAGAUCUACCCUAGAUCUGGCUUUAAACACUUUACAUGGUGGUUUGAAUGGAUAAAGAUAGACACAGUGGCCAAGAUAAAAAAAGGGCCUUAAAGAUCUUAUAGGAAAACAGGCGUGAUAUGCUUAGGUGUUUUUUGUAGAAAAAGGAUCAGGCCAUUAGAAUAGAUUGUAAGAGGAUGUUCAAAGACACAAGAUUAACAAUGAAAAAGGCUGAUGUUCAGUCUUCUUACGGAAUAAAGAAGUCACAUUACUUUAUUUUAAUUGAAGAGAUGUGCUACAUGGGGUGCGACCUGAAACACUGCUGCCAAUUUUAAAAGAUGCUGUUGAAGAGCAUUUGUCUACAGCCAACAAGAAUUCAAAGCUACUGAAUUGCAAUUAAAAACACUGACAAAUGUACCCAACAGCUUUGUUUCAUCCGUUUCGUACCUUUUAAAAUUCCCACAGCUUAGAAGAAUUUUUUUUAAUAAAAAGAAUAACAGAAGACUUGAAAUACAACAGCAACAAAAUAUUUUGAUACGAAAGACAAAUAUUUUUGGCGUAAAUUUUGAGGAAAUGAUUGUAGUCGCCAAACGAGUUAUUCCAUGAGAGAAGACUAGGAAUAAUAUUAUAAUUCAUUAAUUUUGUCAUCGAUAGUUUCUUUAGUUUUGGAGAAUGUUUGAAUUUGUUCAAAGAAAUUGAAUCUGCAUUCUCGCAAACACUAACAGAAGUAAAAGAUUAACUUUGGAAACUUUACGAAAAUUAAAGCCAACUGACUGCUCUAGUUUAGAAUAAAAAUAAAAGCUAUUUAAAGAAGAAACAAGAAUAUUUUGUAAGUUUUUUGUCAAGUUGUAGUAAUAUUUUUGUAAACAGUUGCUGGUAUAAAAGUUGUAAAAGAAUAAAUAAUAACAAGAGUAUCGCAAGAUACUGAUAAGUAA